AUGGCCAUAUCACAGUUUACUCCAACUCGAUUGAAUGUACUUCGUUCUGAAGAAGCGCCUGGAUUAUGUUUGGUGAUCAUGAGAAGAGAUGAGUCAAUAUGUUUCCAAGGUUGCAUUUUAGUAGCUCCAAUUUUAGGUUCGAUCACUAUCAUGAACCAUACUUUACGUGGGCCAAUACCCAUCAGUUACAACAUUCGGUUCACCGAUCUACUCGAUGAAAAUGUCACGAUUCCAUACUAUCCUUUAUUCUCGCCUUCUAGCGAUGGAUUGCUGAAAUUGGAACCUGACAGAUGGCCAACAGAAAGCGAAUUAAAUGCCCGCAGUAGUAUCAAAGUUACCAAAGACGAAAAACGAAUAGCCAUAGAGCUAUUAAAUCAACUCAUGGAUACAGACGAUAUUCUCUUAAUUAUUAUAUUGCGUGAGAUGGCUUGGUGCGGAGUUGAUGGAAUCGAAAGAGUGGCACCGUCUUUAUAUAAGAAUUUGUUUUCUGGACAAGUCGGUCAGGAGGUCAAUGCAGAUGCAGAAGAUUUGUUCAGAUUAAGAUUAUUCCAUCCGAUAUUUGAAAGCACUCCUGGCCUAUUCGCUCUUUCCUCAACGGAGACCUGGACUGGGGCUAUCAAUCAAUUUGUUGCUGAAGCUGUGCAACUAGCUUCUAGGAGUAUACCAGCAAUUAGCAUCACAUACGGCCAAAAGAAUGUUGGAAAAUCAACGUUCUCAAGAAUGCUGAUAAAUGCUCUAUUGAACAUAUUUCCCAAAGUUGCAUAUGUGGAAAGUGAUGUUGGACAGUCAGAAUUCACACCCGCUGGCCUUGUGUCUCUAACCGUUUGCGAAUCACCUUUAUUUGGGCCUUCAUUUACACAUCUCUCUCAACCGUAUCGAUCAUAUUUUAUUGGCGAUACAAAGCCAAGGGAUGAUCCCGAUUAUUAUCUCACAUGUUUAAACGAGUUGGUUAACGUAUAUCGACAUGAAAUUGCAAUGGAACGAAUGGGACAUAUGGAUGAGGACACAAGAAGCCAAGGCAUAGUACCCUUAAUAUUUAAUGCUCACGGCUGGACCAAAGGUCUGGGCCAUGACAUCUUCCUCGAAAUUAUCAAAUUUCUCAAUCCAACACACAUAUUUCAAUUCCAUUCACCAACAAACCUCUAUCGUAACUGUCCUACCAUUCCUACUACCUCUGAUAUUCAACAUAAAGAUUAUCUUCCAAAGCAUAUCCUCAUUGAUAUUCCGGAUUCUGUCUCAAGCUCAACUCGUCUCACUCCACAUACUCGACGGACAUUAAACUUUUUAUCAUAUUUUUAUGCGUCAAAUCUAUUAGAGUUGAACUCACCAUGGUGGGAUUAUAACAACCCACUAGUAUAUCGGGUACCUUGGUGUCUGAAUUGGAAGAAAGGAUUGAGCAAAGGCGUGAUUUUAAUCAACUCAGAUGUAUCAUUGAGUCACCUAUUGUACGCUCUUAACGGAUCUGUUGUUGGGCUGAUUGGAGAUGCAGUUGUCGAUAAAGAGGCGGUUGUGGAAGUGUGUGAUGAGGAUAAAGAAGAUCGUUAUAAUAACGAAAAGAUAAAUGUUACAGAGUCUGUUGGUGCGGUAAGUUGGAAUAACUGUCAGAAGCGUAUUAUGCCUGAUAGAUCCAUUUCUCCUUCCACUAAUACACUCCAUAUCCUCACUCCAGUUUCAUAUACUACUCUCAGAAAAGUAACUGCCAUCAUGAAAGGAAGUCUUGAACUUCCAGUAUGGGCCAUGCUAGAUCAUAAUUCUAAAUCUUCCACACAUUUAUGUGGAGUACCAUGGGAAAGAGUACCGUAUUUGUCUCUUGAUCCCACCGGUGGCGUGGGACAUAGUCCUACAAGCGUUAGAAAGAACUUGAUGCGACGAGGCCAACAAAAGCAGCAGGGCUCCAAAAGAGAUGCGUAG